AUGACGCCAAAGGUCAGGGCGGAAAGCGGCAUUCUCCUCAAAGUCAUAGAGAAUCAGGAGCAGGCAGCACGUCCCUCUCCGGCCUGGUCAGAAUCAUCAGCCUUUUCGGCACACGCUCUAGAAUUCAUCGGGUUUUCCUCGCUCGAGCUGUCAGAGACGGAAGAGAAACAGCCAACGUCGCCUCAGCACCCUUGUCUUCGUAAGACGCGACCCAUCCGUUAUCUGGAUGAAAAAGAUCCGCUCGUCAGGGGAAUUGGUCUCAAGCUUUUGGCUAAAAAGGGCCAUAUAAACCUUGCCUCCAUUCCUACUCCAGAUCCAGGAUUCGGAUACGGAAAACAUGCUACGCCAGCAGUUGCCUAUCGCAAAUUCAAGGAGACUGGAAUCGAACCCACUGACGUGAAAGUUGCAUUACCAGUGGGAGAAGACUUGUGUAUUCAUCCCAUCUUCUACCGUGAGAUGUGGGAAACACAAGAGUUGGCUAGCCGCUCACUCCCUCACUGGGAUAAUCUGAAACCAGUCUGGCAGCUUGCCACUCUUCUGUUAGAGGAGAAGGCCAUGUCUGGCUUUCUGUGCGGUAUGUUGGAUCAUACAAGUCAUCAUGAGAUUCGAGCACCCAUGGCCGCUCACAAGCUUUCAGAUGCCCGAGACCAUCGCACAAUGUUCGUAUAG